AUGCAGCAGGAAGAAAACAACGGAUUUGGACCGUUUUACAGGCAAAGAGGAUCAGGGGCGAUAUGGGUCGCGAUUACAAUCCUUGUGGCCUUUGUUAUAGCGAUGUUCAUAGCAGAAAGGUCUCUCGAGCGCGAUGUUUUGUUAUUCUACGUCUUUGCCUUUAGCAUUUCUCUACUUGCUUUCAUGGUCGGAGAAAUGGCUCGAAGGCUUUGCUUGUUUGGUGAAGAAGCUCGCCAUUGUCGUUCACGCUACGAAGGAAGCAUGAAGAAGGCUUUAAAGGCGGCGUUUGACUUCCAGAACAGAGAACUCAUUGCUGUUAUCGCAAUUAUACUCGCCUUAGGCACCUAUACUUCCUUCUACGACAUGUGGUAUUCAUACAAGACCGAGUUUACGCGAUUAUUCUUCUUGAACGCCAUUUUUAUUCCCUUAUUUGUGUUCUUGUUCGGUUUACGUAAGCUUUCACGCUUGGAAUAUUCUCAAAUCAACGAAAAAGAAAACACAAACCUGGCCGAUGGUUUAGCUUGGGGUUAUUACUUUGGAUACCUGAAGUUUGUUUUGCCUGCAUUGGAGAACCAAAUACGUUUUUCGGCUGCAAAGUACGUUAACAAAAUCCAUGUCCAUAAAGUGUUUAUUAUCAUUCCUAAAAACUGUCUUGUUUUUGACCUCAUUUCAAGCAAGCAGUCAGACCCGAAGGGUCUUGUCAACGUUUAUGGAAAUCUUGUGCCCCUCGAGAAAAACCGUGGAGGCAUCGAAAACCGCACGUACAAACAUACAGUAUAUAGGUAA